AUGGGUGUGACUCAUAAGUCUGAGAGCGCCUCCCGAACCCUCUGGAUAGCGUCCCAGUCCAAUGUUGCCGUGAAGAACAUCGCCGAGAAGCUGAUAAAGCUUGGAUUCAAACAGUUCAAGCUCUUAGUUUCAAAAGACUUCCAUUACGACUGGCACGAGCAUCUCUAUGAGAAGAUCGAAGACCAUGUCAUUCGCUCUGACAGGUUCAGCGAUGAUCUUGACAUGAUUAGCGGCAGCUUGGGCGGAGUACGGGUGAUUUUGUGCACGCUUAGCAUGUUUGCGAACGAUCGCCUCGGUGCUUUCAUGCGAAUGGUUCCGGUUCAGACGAUUAUCUUUGACGAGGCUAGCCAGAUUGAAGUUGGAGACUACCUGCCCGUCCUUCACCGUUGUCAAAGGACUCUUGAAAAACUGGUAUUCAUCGGAGACGACAAGCAGCCCUGCUUUUUCGUUAAUGUCAGAGGGCAUGAAGUGGCCAUGGGCCGGAGCUGGGUGGUGAGAUCCUUCGCUUCUAUUUUCCGGACUGACACUCGCCGGUCGCUAACAAUACGGUGUCAGAACGAGGAAGAAGUUGCUACAGUGGUGCGGCUCGCGCGCUUCUUUGACAGCAAAGGACAGUCGUACCGCGUCAUCACGCCGUAUGACGCCCAACGCUCGUUGAUUGAGAAGGCGCUGGAGAACGCCGGACUAUCAUGGGAAAAUAAGUGUUUCAACGUUGACGCCUUCCAAGGUAACGAGGACAACCACAUCAUCGUCUCACUCGUCCGCACUGAGAGAAUCGGGUUCCUCAAGAACGUUAGGCGCACCAACGUGAUGCUGACGCGGUGCAAGCGGUCAAUGGUUAUUUGCACAGAUCGUGCGUUCAUGUCGGGUGCGGCCCAGAACACCCUGCCCGGCAAGUUAGCUCAGCGCUUGGGUCCGGGAAAUUGGCUGCAUGAGUCCGAUAUACUGAAUGGUCACAUGGGUGCCUUGGCUUCUGUGAUCAACUAA